UUAGUCUCAAAAAUGGCCUUGCAGUGGUACCGCAGCACCUCUGCGCUCUACACCAUUUUUCCCUAUUGCAACUUAUACAUGUACAACUCGUCGUUCAACGAGUCAUAUACCGUCACAAUACCCGCAACCAGCAGCGAGCCGCAGACCCUCACAACACCCGCAACCAGCGCCAGCGCCAACUUAAAAACCGCCCCCACGGCCAACCCAGUCUACACCGGCGGCAUGUACGACGUGUUUCUGGCUCUAGGCGACUCCAUCACACAACUCGGCGGCAACUCCACAAACAACGGAUGGGUAUCCCUCCUCUCACACCACUAUAGACGCCGUAUGGACGUUCUUAACCGCGGUAUCAGCGGAUAUAAUACAGAGCAGGCACGUAAAAUAGUCGAAUCUAAAGGUAUCGAAAUGGCCGGCCGCGAUGACACUUUUGCCGGAGCUACGCCGACCGUUCGCCUAAUGACUAUUUUUUACGGCGCCAAUGACUCGGCAAUGAAACCGAGCUGGAGGCACGUACCCCUGGACGUGUUCUCUGCAAACCUCCGCUAUAUGGUUUCCUUGGUCAGCGAUCCCGAGUCCGACUACUAUUCGCCAGAGACUCGGAUUGUCCUUGUUACUCCACCGGCGCUGGGCGAGCGCAUGUACGAGGUUUCCUGGAAGGGAACUAGUGAACAGGGGGUACGCAAAAACAAUAACACAAAACUCUAUGCUGAUGCUGUUAAGGAGAUCGCCAGGGAUUUUAAACUGCCGUGUGUGGAUAUGUGGACUGCUGUGGAAGAUAAGGUGCGCAAGUUUAUUGGUGUUGAUCCGUUCGAUGGGUACGAUGAGUAUUUUGUCGAUGGAAUGCACUUUAGUGCUAAGGGAAACCAGCUCUUCUUCGACCUCCUUACCCAAACGAUUAGUUCAACUUGGCCCGAGUUGAGACCGUAAAGGUAAAAAACAAUUGGUUUUAACCAUUCACUUAACAUCCAUCAAUUGUUGAGUACUAUGGAGGCGGCGGUAGUGGUAGCGUAGACAACAGUGGCGGUAGCGAUAGCAUAGACGACAGUGGCAGUAGCG